AUGAAAAAAGAAUACUUCACUAUAAUACUAGCUAUAUUGGGCCUUACACUCUCCCAGAAAAGAGUAUCCUGUGCAGCGCCCUCUACUGAGCGUAUAGUCCAAAUUGCACGCCAUAAUAUCACAGAACAACAACAAAAAAACCUUUUUAUAACGGCAAAAAAUCAUAAAACAAAAAUUUUCUCAAAAGACGCAAAUAAUCUAGCCUGGAACCUUUUCAUUGACUUAUGCUUCCAUACAGAACAAGAAGAUGAAAAGACCAUCCCAGAUUUAGUCUGGAAUUACAGCAUAAAUAGAACAAUCACAGAAUACAACAAGAUUAAGCCUAAGAAUAAGACUAAAAUAACAGAAUUUUCCAAAAAAUAUUUUAAAAAAUCAAAAUCUGAUAUAACCCGAUAUAACCCGAUUAUAACCCGAUAUAACCCGAAUUAUAAAGAAAUGCUAGCAGGCGUACGCCGUAUAUGGAAGGCACUAAUUAAAAACCCAAAUAAAAAUAGAAUGAAAAGCAUAAUUCCCCAAAGAAGGAAUAUAGUUGUCCCAGGGGGAAGAUUCCAAGAGGCAUAUUACUGGGAUUUCUUCUGGAUGGAAAAAGGCCUAAUUAUAUCUAAAGAUGAAAAAACCGUUAAAAAUAUGCUAGAUAAUUUUGCAGACCAAAUUAACGUAUUCGGGUUUAUUCCUAAUGGCACCAGAUGGUACUACACUAAUAGGUCACAGCCCCCAUACUUCACACAGAUGUUAUUCGAGUCACUUGAUGAAUUUAAGAAAAUCAGGGAAAUUGUACGGACAGGCGGGGGUAGUCAUAAAGUGAAAAGUACACCAGGAAUAGAAAAUAUUUCAAAAAAGAUAGAUAAGCUAGGGAUAAAAGAUAAUUUAAAAAAAUUAAGAAAAUUAACUGGAAGUGCAGUAAUUAGUAAGGGCAUUAAGGAUAUAACACAAAAUACACUGGAUAUUGAAGAUAGUAAGGAUAUUCCAUUGAGUAAUGAAGAUAUAACGGAAAAUACAUUGAGCGGUGAAAAUUUUUAUAAAAAUAAUUUACAAAAAACCGUUAUAACUGAAAACACUGAAAACACUGAAGAUAAUCCACAAAAACCCGUUAUAAUCCAGCAACCCCUAAUUAGAACGUAUUACUCUGAGGCCCUUAAUAAUAUCGAUGUGAAUAUAUCUAAUUAUAACCUAAAUGCAGCAGAUAAAGAAUUUAUUUUUUGGAUAAAAAACAGAACCGUAAAAGUAAAAGAUAAUUUAGGAAAAUCUCACAUACUUUUUAGAUAUAGCCCUGAUACGGAUAGCCCCAGACCUGAAAUGUUUAUCUCAGAUUUAAUUUCAAAUGAAAAUUACAAGCUAAUGGGUAAUGGCACGUACUACAAGCACAUCACGGCAGCCACAGAGUCCGGAUGGGACUUCUCAAAAAGAUGGAGAAUUUUUGAUGAAAAAUCAAAAAUGUACGGUUUUUUAAAUACAAAAAAUAUAAUUCCUGUUGAUUUAAACAGUAUUUUCGUUAAAAAUGCACGUUUAUUGCACCUGGCAUACAAGAAAAAAGGCAAAUACAACAAGAAAAAGGCAGAAUUCUACCAAGCACAAGCGAAUCAACUAGCAAAUUCCAUUGACACCUUAAUGUGGGAUGAAAAUUCCAGCAGAUGGAGAGAUAUAAUAUUAGUGAAAAAAAAAGACGGUUAUUUUUCAGAGAAAAAAAAAGACAAAGCAUUCUACCACAGUGACUUACACCCAUUAUACAUGGAUAUAGUGAAUGACCCACAGAAUAAUAUCCUAAAUGCCAACAAAAAGUACAUUUGGACGCAUAAUAAUAGACUACCUUGCACUAGCACAAAUAAAUCAGAGAUAACCCGGAAUAACCCGAUUAAACCCGAUCAAAAUCUAAGCAUAAAAUGCACCCUAGAAGAUGCUGUAUACAACGAACAUAUAAAGAAUGAUCAGUGGGAUGGGGAUAAUGUAUGGCCACCCUUAGUCCAAUUGACUGUGGAAUAUUUAAUACGCUCUGGUAAUAUAUCACUGGCCAAGGAGGUUUCUGUCUCUUACGCCCUGGAAAUGCACAAAUAUUACAGUGUACAUAAUAGUCUACCUGAGAAAAUAGAAUACGUUAAGAAUUCAGGUGAAUAUUCAGUGCAAGAUGGAUUUGGAUGGAGCAUAGGGGUGCUGCAAUGGAUGGACUACGUAUUCGGGGAAGAAUUAGGGAAAGAAGUGGACAAGAGAAUACAUGAAAAUGCAGGAGGAAGCAGGGAUUAA